AAAUUGGACCACGAGAAGAAAGCAAAAGUGAUUAAUGGAGGGGCCUUUGCUAACCAAGAACAAGCACAUCAAAAUCCAUGGCGAUUCUUCAUCAAAUGAUGAGCAUAAUGUCAACAUUACAAUCACUAACGAUUCUUCAUCAACACCACACGGCGUUAAUAUUGUUGAACGGUGUAUUCCAUGCACAAGAGAAAUGGAGUGGUUUUGUUUCAUCGAGUUUGUUUUGAAUAUUGUCCAAAUUGUUGCAGCUUUUGUAGUUGUGACUCGGGCAAAAGAUGAACAUCCAGGAACAUCAUUUCUUGUAUGGAUCAUUGGUUACACUUGUGGAUGUGUUGCCAUUCUUCUUAUUCAGUUUAUUAACCGUAUUUCGUCAAGAAGCUACGAGGAGAUCAUGGACGUUUUGAAGAAUAUAUGUGAAUAUUUCUUCGUUGGUUGGGUUGUGUUGUUUCUUUGGAUGUAUCAUAGUAGUUCUUCAUCUCUAUAUGAUAAUACUCAAUAUUUCUGGUUAUGUAUGGCUUUUCUUGCUUUCACUUGCAUUCGAUAUGUACCGGCUCGUUUAAUAUGUUCAGCAAUAUGCUUUAUUUUCGUUGUGAUAAUAUGGUUUUGCGCCGAUGUGUUAGGCACAACCCCGAGUAUGUUUGCUAAUGCUGUAUUCCUUAUAGUUUUCAUUGGAAUUCUUAAAGUCAUUGAGGAGGUUAUUGGAUCCUAUUGUUGUUGAAUUCAAAGUAAUUGAAACUCUUGUAAUGUUUUUUUCAUGAAUAAAGUUGAGUUUUUGACU